AACCGCACGCCGCCGCGGUCGGACGGGAAGACCCGUUCGGACAUUUUAUUUGUGGGGGGAGGGGUGAUCUUCUUUAAAUAAAGUGAGGCUGUUAUCUGCAUAGCGGUUUGGAGUUGGUUCGUUUAUUCCCAUGAAGGAUUGAUAGUGAUUCCCGCUCCGUGGGAGAGGUCUGACUCUCGGGGGUUGCCUGCAGGGCCUUUCUUCCCCGAAGCAGCUGCGUCCAGCGACUGGCGGUGCGUGGCCUCUUCAGCCUUGUUGGCUUGGUGCAGUUACCCAUCACCAUGGGUGUAGCGUUAACUCGAGCAGCUCAGUGGACGGCGGCUGGCAUCGGUGUCGGCAAGUUAGAAUUUACUCCUCUGAACAUCUCCCUACUGAACAGCAUUAUCAAAUUUGUGGAAUAUGUUAGUUCCAAGCACCCACAGGAAGCUGCUUUGGUAUUUCGGGAACCUCUUGAAUGGAAGUCGAAUUUGGAGAUAUCUGGAUUUGGAGCAGACUAUCAAAUCAGCAAAAGAACUGUUGUAUCAAAAGAAACUGUGGAUGGAAACCCCUUGUUGAUUUUGGAUGAUUCUACUGGUGUCAUCAAAGUAUCCACUUUUAGCCAGCUAGCCAAGCUGCUAGAAAUAGCUCAGAAAGAAAAACUGAAAGAAACACAAGCUUGUCUAGAAGCAAACAGAGACCCAAUUGCAAAGAUCCUGGGGCCAAGCUUUGCUACUGUGGAAGGAGAGGACAAAUCAAUGCUGCGUUUAUUGGAAAAAGUGAAGAAAGGUGAUGAAGAACCGGAGGCAGAAGCUCAGAUGAAGUUGUUUCUGCUUCUCCAGCAGCUAGAUAUGCAGCUUUUAAAUACUUCUUUGCAGAAAAUUUCACAAGAAGUGCGGCUGAACCCCCAAGCUAUAAAGAAUGAUGUGCAACUGCUCCAGUCCUUCUCUGGAGAAGGAGAUCUGACUGUUUUAAGAUCGAUCAACUACACAUCAGAAUAUGAAUUUUCUAAUGGAUGCAGAGCCCCACCAUGGAGACAAGUGCAUGGAGAUAUUUGCUACCUGAUUAUUAAUACUCAUGAUACUGAAACUUUGUAUGUAACCUGUAACACAGCUGGAGUUUACCUGAAUGGGGGUCCAAUAAAAGACAGUGAAGAUAUUAUUUACGACAGAAAUGGUGAUAUCUACAAGGAUCUUAUUACAUUCCUUAAGGAAAAAUCUCCAACAUUUGCAGAAAAUCUUACUCGGGUUCAACAGAAUUUUGUACUGCAAAAAAAAUCCACACCUACUCGAAAGACCCAGAAAGCAGAAGUACCUACUAAUGAGGAACUUGACCAGACUGAAAAGUUUAGUGAAUAUCAGGACAAGAAUAAGUUUGAAAGAAAGAAACCACCACCAAAACCUAAGACAAGGGAUAUAAAAAAAGAAGAAACUUCUUUUGUACAUAAGGCUCUAGAGUCAUCCCAUCGAUUAUCCAUAAAAGAUGAGAAAGCUCAAUUGAAAGUCCAGGAUACUAAGAAGAUUAAAAAAGAAAAAGAAAAUGUUGAGAUGGUUGCAGCCAGGAAAUACAAGUGCAAAGCAGCUCAAGAGAAAGCUCACUUGAUACAGAGAGUAGUUUCUGAUGGAUCAGAAGAAUUAAGUGAAAGUUCUACAGAGAGUGAGGAAGACAAACAAGAUAUGAACAGACAACAGGAAUCCGGUACUGACUUACCUUCUGAGUACUGGCAAAUCCAGAAGGUGGUAAAAUACCUGAAGGGUGGCAACCAAACAGCGACUGUUAUUGCCUUGUGUUCAAUGAGGGACUUUAACUUGACGAACGAGACAUGUCAGUUGGCCAUCCGAGAUGUGGGUGGCCUAGAGGUUCUGAUCAACCUGCUGGAUACAGAAGAAACCAAAUGUAAGGUUGGCUCAUUAAGGAUUCUAAAAGAAAUUAGUAAAAAUCCACAAAUUCGACGUUCCUUGGCAGAACUAGGUGGCUUGCAGAUUAUGGUGAAAAUCCUGGACUCCUCUAAUAAAGAUCUCAAAUGUUUGGCUGCUGAAACUAUUGCCAAUAUAGCCAAGUUCAGGAGAGCAAGACAAACCGUCCGGCUUCAUGGUGGAAUUCAACGCCUGGUUGGCCUUUUGGACUGUGUUCCAACUUCAGCUCAUCUAACUGCAGAGCAAGAGAAAGAUAUUGAAGUGGCACGUUGUGGUGCUCUGGCAUUGUGGAGCUGCAGCAAAAGUAAAAAAAAUAAAGAUGCUAUUCGUAAAGCUGGUGGUAUUCCUCUAUUGGCUUGCCUGUUGAAGUCUCCUUAUGAAAAUAUGCUUAUUCCAGUUGUUGGCACAUUGCAAGAAUGUGCUUCAGAGCCAAGUUACAGGUUGGCCAUUCGAACAGAAAAUAUGGUGAAGAAUCUGGUAAGAAAUCUGAGCAGUGAAAGUGAGGAGCUUCAGAUGCAUUGUGCUCGUGCCAUUUUCAAGUGUGCGGAGGAUGAGGAAACACGUAAUCUUGUAAGAACUCAUUUUGGAUUGGGACCACUAGUCAAGCUUGUCAGCAAGUCUGAUAACAAGCAAUUAUUAGCAGCAGCUACGGGAGCUGUCUGGAAAUGUGCCAUCAGCAUGGAGAAUGUAGAAAGGUUCAAACAUUUGAAAGUUGCAGAAACUCUGAUUAGUCUACUCAUCGGUCAACCUGAGGAAGUCCUUAUUAAUGUUGUAGGAGCAUUGGGGCAACUGGCACGAGAUCCAGUGAUUCGGGGUGCUAUCCGGAGAUCGAGUGGAAUCGGUCCAUUGGUCAAUCUUUUAACUGGAACUAAUAAUGCUCUUCUUGUAAAUGUCACCAAAGCAGUGGGAGAAUGUGCUGUUGAUCCUGAAAAUAUGUCGAUAAUUGAAUCUCUAGAUGGUGUUCGAUUGUUGUGGUCUUUACUCAAAAAGCCAAAUCCAGAUAUUCAAGCAAGUGCAGCUUGGGCGCUCUGUCCUUGUAUUGAAAAUGCCAAGGAAGCUGGGGAAAUGGUUCGCUCCUUUGUUGGUGGCCUGGAAUUGAUUGUUAAUUUGCUAAAAUCUGAUGAUAUCGAGGUUCUGGCCAGUGUUUGUGCAGCUUUAGCCAAAAUAGCCAUGGACGAAGAAAACCUAGCAGUUAUAACAGAUCAUGGAGUUGUUCAAAUGUUGUCAAGUUUAACAUACACAAGGGAUGAUAUGCUUCGGCAGAAUUUAGCAGAUGCUGUUGCUUGCUGUUGUAAGUGGGGAAACAACAGAGUUGCCUUUGGAGAAACUGGGGCUGUGGCCCCGCUGGUCCAUUAUCUCAAAUCAAAAAGUCCUCGUGUUCAUCGUGCUACAGCACAAGCCUUGUACCAGCUUUCAUUUGAUCCGAACAACUGCAUUACCAUGCAUGAAAAUGGUGUGGUUAAGCUGCUUUUGAAUUUGAUGGAUUCCACAGAUGAAGCUCUGCAGGAAGCAGCUGCCGGUUGCAUCGCAAACAUUCGAAGGCUUGCCCUGGCUAAUGAGAAGGCUCGCUACAAAUGAAAACAGUGCACACUCCACAUUUCCUUUCUCAGGAGCUAUUACCUGCACAGGUAUAAUAAAAGAAAGAUUUACUGAGUACUGCUUCUGGAUGAACAUGAAAGACCUUUUGUAUGAGCUAAAAUAAACCAGAUGCUUAAUAGAAAUCCAAAAGCUGCUUCUGAUUUCUAAAAAUCAUAUAGAAACAAAUCAAUUCUGGAAUAGUGCUACCUAUAACAUGAAAUACAUUUUUAAAUAUGUAGAGAAUUUAUUUGGAAUUCAAAAGUACUACUGGAUCCUUGUUAAAAAUCUGUCUAAAAGAAUGAUCAUUUAUUUACAUCAGUUGAUCUGUUUUUUUUGUCAAAAUAAAGUUAUAAUUUUUCUGCAGUGAGUGUGGUUACAUAGUAAAUUAAAGAUGUCUUGUGCAAUUUUUUUCACUCAAAAUCUAUAUAAUCAUGUUGUUGUAAGGCAUUCUUCUGUUCCAUAAGUUAUAAUCCACAGGAGAAGUCUGAAUACAGAAGCAAAGAUCUGGUAUUGUGUUACAGUAACUGAGAACUCCAAACAGCUGCAGGAUUCACUGCUCAGGGAGUAGUCAGUACAUCAACUUAAAGCCUGCAAGAUUUUUAAAAGACAUUUCAGAAGUGUCUUUGCCAGCAUAGCAUAAUAAUUAAAUACUUAUUUGUGUCUGCAAUCUAUAUAUAUGUUGAAUACCAAUGUGUGCCAGCUACUGGGAAAUACAUUUUGUAAAAUUAUUACAAUGGAAGUGUGAUAACAUUUAACAGAGCAACAAAAUUUGAUACAGAAGGUGGUAUGUACUUUACUAUGAAUACAUUUGUGCUUUUAGAAAGAUAUUAAAGUUCUGGAGAAAGUGUUACUGAGUUGGCUUUGGCUCAGUGCUCAUGAAUUGUGUUUGGUUGAAAAAUAAAGAACUUAAACUAUUUUAUUUCCAAUUGCAUCACCUCCCAAUUUUCCAUUUUAAAUGGUCUCACUACAUUUUAGUACCAUAUUUUUUUGUUUAGUCAAAAAAGUGACAGACUAUGCCAUGCACUCCUUAACCAUCGUUGAUAUAGCUCAAUGACUAGCCAAAGGAGAGAAGCAUGUUUAUAUCUAUCAAUUUUUCUCCUUCCUCAUAUUCGCAAGAAGGUCCAUUCUGUACCUAUAAAGUGUUCCUUACAGUGACUGAGCCAGGAAUUAGUUUAAUUCAUCUAUUGAAAGCAGUUACUUUUAAGAGAGAGCUGAGGACAGGGCUCAGACAUGUACCCUCUGGAUAGAAGAUCAUGCUCUAUUGCCAACUACCAGACCACUAGACUGCAGUAGUUUUAUUGAGUUGUCUGGUGCUAAUUAAACUAAAUGCACUUACUGAAAGGAAUAUAUAUAAAAUGAGAUUAUUUAGUUAAAAUUCAAC